AUGUUGCUGGUGUAUGAUGGUGCAGAUGAUCUCUCUUUUCUGCCUAAAAUUCUUCCUCUUUCAACUGCUCGUGUGCAUGUAUUGAUCACAACUCGAUGUGAUGAUUGUUGUGUGUUACAAAAAUCAAUAAAUCGUGUCAUCUCUCUUGGUUGUUUGGAAGCGGAAGAUGCCGUGUCAGCCGUAGCCAUGUGGUCUGGUCGUCAACCGUCCAACAGUCAAGAAACAGCGGCAGCCACCAAAUUGUCAGUUGAACCUCCCAUAGAAAAGCUACCAAUUGCUCUUGCUCAUGCAGGCACGUAUAUGCGAAAAGCACAUCUAAGUUAUGAGGAAUAUUACAAACUGUUGAAAAGAAAUGAAGUUGAACUUGAGGGUUUGGCAUUAGAUCUUGACAAACUGUUGCAUUACUUUAGAGCAAGUCGUCUACGUGAAGUGCUCAUGGAAGCUGAUGUAACUCAGCCUCCUGAUUUGAAACGGUUGAGUGACAGGACUAUUGAUGAGUUGGAUAUAAGUGAACGUGACAAAAAUGUUGUAAAAAAUGUGAGAAAUUUUAUGAUGUCUUGUAGUCAUGCUCAUCUGACAUGGCAGAUGGACAUUGAGUUGGUUGCAAGAGAGAAUGCCAAAGCGUUGUCUCUACUUGAAUAUGCAUCAUUUUUGUCUUCAAGAGACAUUCCAGAGAAGCUCGUUCAUCCUCUUGUGUUUGUUGAAUGUGCCAAUUAUGAAUACAGUUUGUGUGUCUCAAGUUUGUCUUCACACAAUUUAGUUGAAUGGCACGAGACAGCAGAAGGUUACACUUUGAAUAUUCAUCCAUUGGUGCAGUCAACAGUGAUGGAACGUGUCAAGCAGCAACCAGAUGAGUUUGAACGUAAAAUAACUGAUGUUUGUAAAAAUAUGCUGUCUCAUAUACCGGACACUGAAAUGGACUUAAAUUGUGUUCCAAGUGAUGUGCGACUUCAACUUUCUUCUCACUUGUGUUCAUUGGCUAAGUAUGUAUUGGUAGCUGAUGUAGAAAUACCAACUUGCUUGCAGUUGGUUAGGUGGACGUGUGCUACAUUUAUGCCGUACCAGUCUCCUGACACAUCAUAUUAUUUGUGUGAAAAAUGGUACCACAAAGUGAUGCAGUUGGAAAGUUUUCCACUUGCUGUCAAACGCGAAUGGCUCAUAGAAGCAAGUAAUCUUUUGAGUAGGGCAUAUUUUCACAAGUCGAAAACAAAGCAAUCGUUAGAUUUGAGUCUGAUAACCAAGAAGAUGAUUGAUGAGUUAAAACCAGAUGAGAAGAAAGAAAUAUAUGAAUGUCAUGUUACAGUGUUGGAGAUUAUUCUUCAUUGCUGUCACCAACUAAAGAAAUUUGAAGAAGAAAAAUUUUAUCUGAAAGAGCUGAUGUUGCUGACGAGAACUUCUGGAGAACAACUUGGAGCUGAAUUUUCUUUAACUAAAUGCAACAUGGCAGAGAGCUACUUUAAGAGGGGUAAACGAGACAAAGCAAUGAAAUUAUGCCAACAAGUGAUGGAAAAGUUAAAUGAUAUGGAGGAGUACGAUGAGAUAAUAGUGACAUCAAUAUUAGCAAGAUGUUUUUUAUCUUUUGGAGAAUUUGAAAAAGCAGAUGAUUUAUUGGAUAGGUCAUGGAAAUUGCUUUCCAGAGUUGAUUAUUACAAUUCUAUUUAUGAGCGUCAUAUGGUCAUGUGUCUCAAGUGUGACUGUGAGAUUACAAGACCUAAUGGAUCAAAAGACAAGCUUACUGAAGCAUUGGAAAUAGCAAAAUCAGCUUUGUCUAUUGCUCAGUCUUUCCUACCAUCAGAAAGUUCAGAGAGUUUCUAUUGUACGUGA